CACUUUUUCACUGGCGUCCACUUGCCCCGACUCCGAUUCCGACUGCUCCCAGCAGCAGGACCAGCAUCAACUUCGCUCAUCCCGUCUGCAGGAAAGACCCUGCCGAUUGCUGGUACGAGUACUCCGUACUGCUAUUUUCUGUCCGAAUCCCCUCAAUUGUCUUCCAGGUUGUCCUUGCCGAGCCACUCAGCAGAUCUAUUCACAGCCCGAGUAGCAGAGGAGGACCUGGGAACCAAUCCGUUUCUUCUUUUUCUAACGGCUUCAGCUUCGUCGCGCCAGCGAGGCACAUCCUUCCCUAUAGCUCCCGAUUCUAUUACGCCACUUAUCUCCCUCGUACGUUCAGCUGUUUUGUGGCCUCACCGUUGGCUUUCAUCAACCUAUAUUCAGUUCCGUUCUAUAUACAUUGGGAAUUUGAGGGUUUCCGGAGCUUGUAGAGGUGGCGAUGGAUUCGAGAGGUGCUAUCGCGGGUCAUCAGAGCAAUCUUUAUGGAAAUGUCGCGUCAAGACCGGCCAUUCUAGGCCUGGCAAAGGUCUUGUUCAUGGGUCUUUGCCAAUUAUCGUACGUUGCAGCUGCGCCAGUCAAAGAUAUGUUUGGUCUAGCAAAGGAAGAGCUGCCAAAGGAUCCCGAGGAUGCGAGCCUAUGGUUGUACUUGGGGAUCGCGGCAGUUCUGGUCUUGCUGGGGGGUGCUUUUGCUGGUUUGACCAUUGCGUGAGUAUUUUGCCCAAAUCUGGCUGGCAUACGCUAAUCCCGGGUCUUCUAGUUUUAUGGGACAAGACAGCAUUCAUCUCCAGGUCAUUGCAACAUCUAGCGAAGGAAAAGAGAAGCGAAACGCACAACGGGUUCUUGAUUUAAUGCAAAAGGGAAAACAUUGGGUCUUAGUCACGCUACUCUUAUCCAAUGUGAUUGUGAACGAGACUUUGCCUAUUGUGCUUGAUCGCUCUCUCGGCGGCGGCUGGCCUGCUGUCGCUGGUAGUACCGUUCUAAUCGGUAUGUUUGAAAUCGUGGUGCCAAACGGCAGUACUAAUCAUAUAUAGUCAUCUUCGGAGAAGUCAUUCCCCAGGCUAUUUGCGCGCGAUAUGGACUUGCAAUCGGUUCUUUCAUGUCGCCAUAUGUAACCUUCCUCAUGUGGGUUAUGGGUCCCAUCGCCUGGCCUACCGCACGUUUACUCGAUUGGGCAUUAGGAGAGGACCAUGGCUCGAUAUACAAAAAGGCUGGCUUGAAAACACUGGUCACUUUACACAGAACACUUGGAGCAGACCCCACCUCUAGACUCAACCAAGACGAAGUCACAAUUAUCAGUGCGGUCUUAGAUCUCAAGGAGAAAGCCGUGGGGGAUAUUAUGACCCCGAUGGAGGAUGUAUUCACAAUGUCCGCCGAUACCGUUUUGGAUGAGGCAACCAUGGACAUUAUUCUCAGUGCAGGUUAUUCCAGAAUUCCGAUUUUUGAACCUGGAAAUGAACAAAACUUUGUUGGUAUGCUCUUAGUCAAGAUUCUGAUUACCUACGACCCAGAGGACUGCAAAAAGGUUAGCGAGUUUGCUCUAGCAACCCUGCCCGAAACCCGUCCAGAGACUAGCUGUCUCGACAUUGUCAAUUUCUUUCAAGAGGGAAAAUCGCACAUGGUUUUGGUAUCGGACGACCCUGGUGAAAAUUUCGGUGCCAUCGGAGUCGUAACUUUGGAAGAUGUCAUUGAAGAGUUGAUUGGAGAGUACGUACUCUGAAUUCCUUUGUAACAUCCAAAAUUCAUAUGCUAAUCCUAUACAGGGAAAUUAUCGAUGAAUCAGACGUCUAUAUUGAUGUACACAAGGCUAUUCGACGUAUUCACCCUGCCCCCAAGGCUCGUAUACCCAAGGGGCAUGUUAUUGAAGCAAGCGCCGAACAAACAUCUGAACCUCGUCUUAUUGAUUUUGAAGAUGGUAAUACUCCAGAGUUACACAAACGUCUCACAAUCAGCAAAAAUGAUCGAAGUAACAGUCCGUCGGUUACGGCUACGGCUCUCUCUACUAGUCCUAAAACAACCUUUGUUCGCAGAAGCUCAACUGGGGAGGUUGGGAAAAACAUUACGGUUAGAGGGAAUAUGAACGAUAUGAGAGAGCACCUCAAGCAUUUGGGGCCAUCCAAUUUGGCAAGCCGCCCGAAAACCACCCGUUAUAAUACCGUCAAAAUCAAGGCAGCUGCCGCAAAUGGACGACCAAUUCAAUCGACUACCCAAGAAUCCGCCAUAGUAGAGGAGCCGUACCAUGACGAUCCACUAUAUUACGAAGGCCAUGCACCACAGGGCGGCGAGGGUGAAGGUCUUUUACGUUCGGCUGGGAAAGAUGCCAAGGACGGUGUGCAAGCAGUGCAGCAAGGCUACGGCAGUUUCGAUGGUGCCCGAUCACCCAACCCAAGUUUAAAGUCGAAGGGUACUCAAGUCAACGCAAGGCCAAUAUCGGCGAAUUCUCAAGGAGAUGCGCAACUAGUGAGACAAACGACAAAUUCUCAAAGUGACAACAGUAGCGAUACAGUUGGCACCCUAAAUUCUGCCACUAGGAGUAAAAGUGCACCACGAAAGAAAAGAGGGGCUGCACGAAGUGGCAGCAUCACAGAAAAUAUCAUUGAUUCAGGGGGUGUGAGGAAGGUUGUCCUGGAAACAAACAAUAGUAGUUCCAAUGAGGAUGAGAGUAAUCGUGGAUCGAACUCCACGGGUCCAUCACCUCGCGUAUCCUCAAGCGCUGUUGAGGGAGGAGAUGGAGAGGACGAGGAAGGACAAAAGCCCGAAAAGGCAAAGAAGAAGCGAAGACGACAUAACAAGAAGAAUAAGGCGAAGGAUGAGCCAUCCGAGGGCGGACCUUCCGCUUCUUGAUACUGGAAGUCGACAUGAAAGUGGAUAACAUGAAGAUUGACUAUUCUUGGAAGCGUCACCACAUAGGGAGGCCUGUUUACGCACGAGGGAAAAAGUUGAUCCGAAAGUCUUUGUGGGACUUUGAAUAUUGUAGUUUUAUUAUGCGUGGAUUUAUAUAAUAAGCAGUGACGUGCAGUCUUGCUGACGAGGAAGAUGAAGCCUUACGACUGACUGAGCAAUGGCUGAUGACAAUCCCAGUAAAGCGAUGGUAGUAGUUUUCUUCCAAUCAAAUGUAACUUUAUCCUGUA